CGGUUGAAGACCCAUUGAGAUUACGGAAAGCUUGAAUUUGUUUUCGAUCGUCUAUCCGUUUUUACUUCUGUAUGAGCGGCGACUAAGCUCGUCUUUCUUUGAAUUGAUCUUCUUUUGAUGCAAACAAGAGUUGUGUAAUAUGUAGAGUUUGUAAAGGAAUCGUUUUUCUUGUUCCUUUCCUUCUUUAGAUUUUGAUCUUAGAAGUUGGAUUAGUGCAUGCCAGUGUAGCUUAAAUGGGGGAGAAGCGGAAGCAGGACGAGGCAUCUGCGGCUCCGAAGAAAGAGGAAGUCGCCCAAGAAAGGCCCAAACGCACCCUUUUGGUAUGGAAGGAUGGGGUUACAGAGAAGGAGAAAGAUUAUCGUCUUUAGGGACCGAGAGAAGGUCCUUGACACGAGCUCGCGCCACAUCACAUAUAGAAAGGCAUCGGCAUUUGAUGCUGAACGUGGUGUCCCUCGUGCCUCAUUGCAAGAAAGACAGCAAGGUGGAGUCCCAAGAGAGCGAGGGGGCUACUCUCAAUGAGUUGAUUGAGCCUAGGAACUGCUCCAGCUGCUUGUUCUUUGACUGCAGAAAGCAGAAAGAUCUUUAUCUUUGGAUGGUGAAGUGUCCAAGUGGGCCUUCUGUGAAGUUCUUGGUUAAUGCUGAUAUCCAGUAUCCCAAAGGACCACUGGAAAGUAAAACCUUUCCAUGACCAUGUCUUUGUCUAUCCAAUUGUCGAUGAUCACAUUCGGUUUCGCAAUUACCAGAUUUCUGUACCUCGCAAUGAGAUAGGCAAAGUCGAUCGAUCGAUUGAGGAGCUCUAGACAAAAUGACACUUGUGGAGAUCUGUGCCCUAGAGAAGAAGAAGAAGACAGCCGGAAAGUACACGAAGAAGGUCAAGGCAAAGAUGAGGAGGAAGAUGCAUGAACUCUUGAAUCCUUUAGAGCCCAAUGAGUUUGCAGAUUUAUGGAAUGAUUGAUUAAUGCACUUGGGAAUGUCUCUGGUGCAUGUGAAAUCCAAAUCCUGGACUGUUUCUAUGAUACAGUAACUUUACGCAAGACAUUCUCUAUUUAUCAA